AUGCCGGCCGCGGCGACCGCCGGCCGGCACUGGUGGGAGGUGCCGUGGCGACGGCCGCCGGCCGAGCAGCAGAGCAAACGGUCCCACCGGAGGAGCCGCAAGGGCUCCAUCUUCCGCGGCGUGAGCAGGACAUGGGACGGCCGCUGGCAGGCAGAGAUCAAAGAGGGAGGAGUUGUGCGGCCGCUCGGACUCUUCGACGGAGAGGAGGCGGCAGCGCGCGCGUACGACGCGGAGAAGCUCCGGCUCGGCCACGAGCGCUGGUGCAAGCAGCAGCAGCUGCAGCUGAAGCCGAGGCAGCGGCCACCGCCUCUGCCUCUGCCGCCGCGGCGCGGAGACGGUGCAGGAGGAGAGGGCCAGGCGGCGGCAGAGAUCGAAGCGUUGCAGCAGCGGUACAAGGACACGCACCAGGGCAGGCCGCCGACAGGCCCCUUCGCUCGCGACCCUGCGUGGCUCCGCGGCAUGAUCGAGGGCGAGCCGAGGCAGCGAGAUAUCGGCGAGAUGCGGGGCAGUGCGCCAGGAACCCGCGGUGCGUGCGGGGCGCAAGGCACGCCGGAAAGCAUCUGGGUCUCUCAGCGGCACGUGGCGCUCGAGCGGGACGACGCGCUCUCCGGAGAAGUGGAGGCGGCCGCGGUGGAGUCCGGCCUCAGCUCGGGGCUGGUGCGGCGGCUGCGGUGCGUGCUGGGGAGAGAGCCGGGAAGCUUUGAGCUGCAGGCUGAGAGGGCGCGGCUGGGGGCGGUGCCGCUGAACGUGUCGCGCAGGCACCAGCUGAGGCGGACGGUGCGACAGUACGGCGGCGAUCCCGACGACCGGAGGCUCGGGCUGCUCGGGCUGUGGCUCAAGCUCUGGGACAUUCACCGGCUCGCCGUGCAGCAGAUGCUUCGAGGGGUGGGCAGCGCCGUGCGAGAGUGCGUCCCGGCCGGCGCUGACGCGGCGGUGGCGCGGAGGGCCGACGAGAUGCUCGCGAGAUUUGAGGCGGAGUUGCGCGACGCGGAGCUGGUGUUCGUCAUGGCGCCGGCGGAGCAGGUGGCGCAGGGUCUGUCGCUGGAGGUCCUCCGUGCCUCUCGGGCCAACAGCGCCUUUUGCGGCGCGUGCGUUGCGUGCCGCGAGUCGGACGCGUUUCGCGCGCCCGGCCGGGACGGCAACUCGCGCAAGCGGCCGCUGCUGGAGUGCGAGCGGGCGGCGGCGGUCCGGCGAAAGCAGGAGGAGUUGGACAGGCGCGGCCGGCGGCCCGGGUACGUCGCGGAGCCGCGCAAUUACCGCACCAAGCGGAAGAGGCGGGAGGAGGCGGCCGCGGCGGCGGAGAAGGGAAGGGCGUGCCUUCGCUUCGCGCGGAAGCGGCGUCGCGCGGCGCAGCGAGGGGAGGGGCGCGAGGCGGAGGGGCUGCAGCUCCACCUCUCGAGCGAAAGCAGCACCGGCUACAAGCGCGUGGCCAAGCUCCCCUCUGGCCGCUUCCGGGCGAAGCACACGGUGGGCGGGACGUUGGUCAACAUCGGCACCUUCGACACGGCGGUGGAGGCGGCGGCGGCGUACGCGCGGUCGGUCGGGGAGCCGCCGGAGCGCCGAACUUCCGGCGCUGCCGGCCAGCUGCCGGUUGCGCCGCCGCCGGUGCCUGCCGGCGGCAAGGGGCGUCCGCCGCCGGGGAGCGCGUGCGCAAUUUGCCACGAGAAGAAGUUGCGGUGCGUGAGGCUUCCGGGCGGCAGUUGCGAGUACUGCGUCAGCAACGGCCUCACUUGCGUCCGUCGAGGAUCCAGCGGCGGCAACUGCAACCCGCUCAAGCUCGAGCUGAUCGAGGGCGACGCCACGCUGCAGGCGCUGCUGGUCCGUACAGCCGGCGAGACGGGGGCGCGCACCCGCGACUUGCUCUGUGCGGAGGGCUACCACGUGACGCGGAAGGACGUCCUCAACUACCGCCGGACGCGAAAGUGCGCGAGGGACGCGCAGGCCCAGAGAGAGCCCGAGAGAGUGAGCCAGCCGUAA